CGCUGAUACUUGGAGGCGUUCUUUGAAAGUGUCCUUUAUCAGAGCGCCAGCCGUUGGUAACGUUGUGACAACGCACAGCUCUCUCCAAAAAAGAGGCAGAAAAUUGGAUUUGAAAUUCUCUAGAUUAUUACAAAAGUAUAAAACAAACUCUUUGUAGUUUUCAAAAAAAACCCAACAACAAUCCAGCCUGUGUUUGGAAUUACUCUCUGACGUAACAGUAGAUAAUCGUCAUUGUGUGACGCGUGUGUGUUCUGUAAGGAGGAAUACUUGUGUACCUGUUGGAGUUGGAUAUAAUUUUUUCUUUGAUUGAGAACAUUACUGCUUAUUGUGCAACUGGAGUACGUUUCUGUUCAGGCAAAAGCCCAAUAUUGCCCCGGAUGGACUGGAUGCCAUGGAUCUACAGACACAGCCUUUUAUUUUCAACUGGAUAGAAUGUCUUACAAAAUAAACAGUGUCAGACACAAAGGAAUCAAGGAGUGGAGACUCAAAACUUUUUUGAGUUGUAACUCAAGUGUGCAUCACAUAAUUUGUACUUCAGCUUACACUUAUAGCACUCAGAGGGUUACAAUUCAGGCUUGCAUCCCGUCUGUCAUCAGGUGAGCCCUAAGUCUCACCCGUGGAGUGCCGCCAUAAGCACUCAGUAAAGUGUUGCUUACGUGUGAAUAUCGGCCGCUGUUCCCGCGGGGCAUCUAUUCUGCCGUAAGUAUCCCCUGAUGCGUCCCUUACGUACUUAAACCAAGUACAGUACCCGCUGGGCCAUAACUUCCACGUACCUCACCGGAAGCACACACCACGCUCGAACUCACAACGAGUGUGUAUCACCUGUGACACUCACCAGGGUGUCAAGUAGUAAGUGUGAACUCCGUCCAGCCCAAGCUAAAGUGUGGCGCACGUAGACUGUCACCAAUAGCACACGCUCUGACGUAGGAGUGCCUAUCAUUUUUGACAAACUCAAAGGUGUCGAGUAAGUGUGGAUCCCCUAUAGCCCAAGCUAAAUUGUGACUUUCGUGCACGACAGUAUCACCAGUAGCGGACGCUGUAACGUAAGAGUGCGUAUCACCUACAGCACUCAACGAGCCCUUACGCCUCAGCGCGUAUCACCACUGACGAUCCCGAACGCGCACCAACUCAGGCACGCGCAGAGCUCGCCCCCGACGUAUGCCAGAUCGGAAGUGGCGUCUGAGGGCGGCCAAUGUCCCCUGAGGUCCCCCGUGGCAGGCGGACGCAGGACGCCGGACAUAGCAUUCGCUGGAGUGAGCGAUGCCGUUUUCUUCUUUCUUCUUCGUUCACGAGCGAUGCCGUCUGAGCCGCUGGACAAACCAUGGGCCUCCGGAGACACAGCAGGAUUAUGCUGGCCGUGGUCUUCCUCACCUACUUUGUCUACGGGAACUUUCU